CCACCGCCACCCCCGCCGAAGUGUCAAAGAUCCAAUCCUUCCUUACUUCCUCAUCCUCCGGCGCACUCUCAUGCCUCAUCUGCCUCGAACGCAUCAAACCCUCAGACCCAACAUGGUCCUGCUCCUCGCUCUGCUUCGCCCUCUUCCACCUCCAUUGUAUCCAAUCAUGGGCCCGCCAAGCCUCCAAUCUCGCUGCCGCACGCGCCGCCACGCGCCUCCCUAUCACAGAGCAGCGCGCCUCUGAAACCGCGCUCUGGAACUGCCCCAAAUGCAGGGUAGAGUACCCAAUCACGCACAUUCCAAAAACCUACUUUUGCUUCUGCGGAAAACUCGAGAACCCUCCCAAUGAUCCAUGGGUUUUGCCUCAUUCUUGCGGUGAGAUUUGUGGGAGGCCAUUGAAGCACAACUGUGGUCACCAUUGCCUUCUUUUAUGCCACCCUGGACCCUGCCCGUCCUGCCCAAAACUCGUGAAAGUUAGUUGCUUUUGUACCAAAAUUGAAGAUGUGAGGAGGUGCGGGUUCAAGGAGUUCUCGUGUGGGAAAGUUUGUGGGAAGCUUCUGGAUUGUGGGGUUCAUGGUUGUGCUGAGAUUUGUCAUGAGGGUCAAUGCCCUCCCUGCCGGGCACGCAGUGUGUACCAGUGCCGGUGUGGUAAGAAGAAGGAAGAGAGGGAGUGCUGUAACCGUGUUUUCGGGUGUGGCGAGCCUUGUGAGAAGAGGCUCGGAUGUGGGAGGCAUGUGUGUGAGAGAGGUUGCCAUGUUGGGGAGUGUGGAGACUGCCCUUUGCAAGGGAAGAGGGCAUGUCCUUGUGGGAAGAGAGUGUAUGAAGGGAUGCCUUGUGAUGUUACUGUGCCCUUAUGUGGGGCUACUUGUGAUAAGAUGCUUAGUUGUAGGUACCAUAGGUGCCCCGAGAGGUGCCACCGUGGUGCAUGUGUUGAGACUUGUAGGACUGUUGUGAAGAAGUCUUGUCGAUGCGGCAGCCUCAGGAAAGAUGUUCCUUGCUAUCAAGAUUUGUGGUGUGAAAGGAAGUGCCAGAGGAUGCGGGACUGUGGCCGGCAUGCUUGUAAACGCAAGUGCUGUGAUGGGGAUUGCCCUCCAUGCUCAGAGGUCUGUGACAGGCGGCUUAGAUGUAAAAACCAUAAAUGCCCUUCUCCAUGCCAUAGGGGUGCCUGUGCUCCUUGCCCAAUAAUGGUCACCAUUUCAUGUGCAUGUGGGGAAACACAUUUUGAGGUUCCUUGCGGUACUGAAAUGGAACAAAAACCACCCAAGUGUCCUAAACCAUGCCCUAUUGCUCCUUUAUGCCAUCAUGCACCAAAGCUCAAGCCACACAAAUGCCAUUAUGGAGCCUGUCCUCCUUGUCGGCUCCCUUGUGCAGAAGAGUACUCUUGUGGCCAUGCUUGCAAAUUAAGGUGUCAUGAUGCUAAACCUCCGCCUAAUCGGGAGUUCACUCUCAAACCAAAGAAAAAGAAAAUUAUACAACAAAGUGAAUGUACACCUGGUACUCCAUGCCCUCCUUGCCCUGAACUAGUGUGGAGACCAUGUGUCGGGCAACACAUUGGAACGGAGCGAAUGAUGGUCUGCUCUGAUAAAUCACAGUUUGCCUGUGAAAACUUAUGUGGAAAUCCUCUACCGUGCGGUAAUCAUUAUUGUACUAAAACCUGCCAUGCCUUGGAGAAUCCGGCCUCCACGAACCGGCUACAGAAAAGUGAGCCUUGUGAAGAUUGUUCUCUUCCUUGUGAUAAGGAAAGAGAACCUAAAUGUCAGCAUUGUUGCCCUCGUCGAUGCCAUCCUGGAGACUGUCCUCCAUGCAAAGCGCUGAUCAAGCGGUCUUGUCAUUGUGGCUCAAUGGUCCAUGUGUUUGAGUGCAUAUAUUACAACACCUUGUCAGCUAAGGAUCAAGAGAAAGUCCGUUCAUGUGGUGGGCUGUGUCAUAGGAAGUUAGCAAAUUGUACCCAUCUAUGCCCCGAGACGUGCCAUCCUGGUGAAUGCCCAAAUCCUGAGAAAUGCAGUAAAAAGGUCAUCGUUCGUUGCAAAUGCCAAACACUGAAAAGGGAGUGGCCAUGUCACGAUGUUCAAGCAGCAUAUCACAGUGCUGGUUCCCACCCAAAGGAUAUUACCAAAAAUCAAUUUGGAAUUGGCCUUAUUCCUUGCAAUUCUGAUUGCAAGAGUAAAAUGCAGGUUGUUGAGUCGGAAUUACAUCUACGUAAAUCUCAAGUUACAGAGGUAAAAGAGACAGAUAAUGAAAAACUGGCUCCGAAGCGACGAAAAAGGCAGAAACGAGUCCAAGAAUCUAAGGAAGCAACAAAAAUACAGAAAAUUAUUUCUACAACAAAGAAGCUCCUUCUGUACCUUUUUAUUUUGAUCGUACUUGUUACUGCUACAUAUUAUGGAUACAAGGGACUUCUGUGGCUCAAUGAUUGGAUGAAUGAAGUUGAUGAACGAAGACAAAGACAUCCUAGGAUCAGAUGAUUAAUUUAGUUUGUUUAUUUCUUUUAUUUAUUUUUAUUUUUCACCCUAUCUAUGAGGAAUAUAAUAU